AUUGUAAAUAAAAAUUGGUAUUGGUGUGCAUUAGUGACGGCGAUAUUAUCGAUAAGUCCAAAAAUCGAUAGCAACGGCAAAUAAAUAUUCGAAUGAUCUAUAAAUUGACUGCACAAGAAGAUAGUAUCGACAAUGAGACCAGCGUUUUUUUUUGUUAUAAGUAUUUGUUUUGUUUUGACUUUGGGUUAUAAGCCGGUGGUAGUUUUGCAUGGAAUAUUGUCCGGCGCUGAAUCAAUGGUAUCAUUAGUACAACAAAUAGAAAAGCACCAUCCUGGUACAAAGGUGUAUAAUUUCGAUAGAUUCAGUGGUUGGUAUAGUCUAGAAAAUGCAUGGAAGCAAGUAGAACAAGUACGCGACUACAUAGAUCAAAUUGGAAAACUGCACACCGAAGGCAUAAUUGUUUUGGGCUACUCUCAAGGAGGCCUCUUGGCCAGAGCAGCGAUUCAAAGUUUACCCGAUCAUAACGUCAAAACCUUUGUCUCAUUGUCGUCUCCUCAAGCUGGGCAAUACGGAACAAGCUUUCUGCACUUAAUUUUUCCUGAUCUUGCUGCCAAAACUGCUUUUGAAUUGUUUUACUCCAGAGUGGGCCAACACACUUCUGUUGGUGGAUAUUGGAAUGAUCCGCAUAAGCAUGAACUAUAUUUGAAAUACAGCGAGUUUCUGCCAAUCAUCAACAACGAACGGAUAAGCCCGAAUUCAACACUUUUUAAAAGGGGCUUAACACGAUUGAACAGGUUGAUAUUAAUCGGGGGUCCAAAUGACGGAGUAAUUACACCGUGGCAGUCCAGCCUAUUUAGCUAUUACGAUGAAUCGUUAAAUGUGAUUCCGUUCAAUAAACGAGAAAUUUACACCACAGACGCUAUAGGCUUGAAAAUACUUGAGGAUGCAGGAAAGAUAACAUUUGUUAUAAAGCCGUUCGUUCAUCAUCUAUCGUGGCACACCAACAAGUUUGUUAUUAAAGAAGUUAUAAUGCCCUAUUUAGAUUAAGUGCAAGCAUGUUAUAGAAAAUGAAUAAAGAGGCUGAACCAUAUGGCA